AUGUGCAAACACGUCACAAUCGAGACAAAAUGCCCCCUUUGCCAAAAACCUACCCGCCCGACCCGAAGCGUUUCUAAGUGGUGUGCCGAUCGGUACGUCCGUCGCGGCGGGUGUCGUUCGGACACGUUCGGCGAUACUCGCGAAGAGGUCGAGUGCGUCGAGUGUAAGGAUAAACAAGAGGUGGUCGAUGAGAUCAACAGAAGACGCCAGUGGGAAAUUUCCUAUCCAGUUGCUGCGGAGCUACUUGAAUCGCAUGAACGACGUACCCUGAAGGAUGCCGCUCAGCAAACCGACGAAAGAUCGCCCACGAUCGACGACGACGAGAAGUCGGAUGAGGACCAGACGGAGAGCGUCAAGAAGAGGAAGAGGACAGAUUAA